CUUGAGUCUUGGCGUCUUGCUGCUGACGUAACGACCCACUGCCUCAGAUCAGGCUCAGAUACCGGUAAAUCUGAUUAAAAAUACUCGUUAAGAGAAUCUCCAACUGGUACAUGUAAUGUACCGUAGUCAAUAACCAACCCGCGGACAACCGCUGAUAAGUACAUGACAUGAGGUGCAUAUGGCGUCUGGUUGACCGGCCGCGGCAACAGUACCUGGUACAGGCGCAGGCGCGGUUUAAGUACGGUACCGGUACCUGUACCUAGCGUUACCCGGGCCGGGGGCGCGGGCGAGGGAUCCCCCGCAACCACACUCGUCUCGCGAUCGAUCGCGCCCGUCCUUAAUUUCUUCCGUAUUUUAUUAUCGCGAGGAUACCGUACCAUACCAUCUGAACGGUAUACCCAUCUGAACUGAGCUGAGGCGAGCAAAAGAAAACACUGCAAGAAUAUCCUGCAUUUUAUAUAAGAAGCCGGAAUAGCCAGAAUGAAAUUGUAUUGUCUGUCUGAGCAACCUAGUGCACCAUGUCUUCUAUUGACUUUCAAAGGGACAACGAUUCUUCUAGACUGUAGUCUAGACCUUGGCAGUCUUCAGCAUUUCCUUCCAAUGCCUCUGGUUCCAAGCACCCAGUUUUCAAAAAUGCCAAAUUGGAAGCCAAGUGAGAAAGGCCAUGGACUUGCACAUUCAAAGGAGCUGAAGGAGUGCAGUGGACGGGUGUUUGUUGAUGCCACACCAGAAGUUUGUACUCCAGAGUUUGGAAUGAUUGACAUGUCAACGGUAGAUGCCAUAUUGAUUUCUAACUAUCAUUGUAUGCUUGGACUACCAUUCAUUACAGAGUUUACAGGUUUCAAAGGUGUCAUAUAUGCAACAGAACCAACCAUUCAAAUUGGCAGGCAAAUGAUGGAAGAGCUUGUUGAGUAUAUGGAAAGAGUUCCCAAGAAGCAAUCAUCCUCCCCCUGGAAGAAACCAGACUUACUGAAAUCACUCCCUGCUCCGCUCAAAGAUGUUAAAUGGCUUGGGUGCUGGAAGAAGUGCUACAGUAAACAUGAUGUGAAUGCCUGUCUAUCUAAAAUUACCAAUGCAGCAUUCUCAGAAAAGCUGAGUUUAUAUGGAGCCCUGACGUUAGUUCCAUUGAGUUCUGGUUUCUGUCUAGGAAGUUGUAACUGGAUCAUCAGCUCAGCUUAUGAAAAGGUAUCGUAUGUAUCGGCAUCGUCCUUUCUCACCACACAUUCUAUGCCCAUCAACCAAGACCCAUUAAAGAACAGUGAUGUCAUUGUACUGACAGGACUCACACAGACUCCAGCACACAAUCCUGAUAGCAUGUUGGGAGAGUUCUGCAGCACACUCACCAUGACAAUCAAGAGUGGAGGAAAUGUCUUAGUCCCAUGCUAUCCUUCUGGUGUGAUCUACGAUCUAUUUGAAUGUCUUGCCGGUUACAUGGAGAGUGUAGGUUUGAUGCAAACACCUCUCUAUUUCAUCUCACCUGUAGCAGACAGUUCCUUAGCUUUCUCACAGAUACUCUCAGAAUGGCUAUGUGGAUCGAAGCAAUCCAGGGUUUAUCUACCAGAACCUCCAUUUCCACAUGCAGAGCUGAUUAAGAAUGGCAGGUUAAAACACUUCCCAAGUGUGCAUGGUGAAUUUAGCAACCAAUUCAAAACACCCUGCGUUGUGUUCACUGGACACCCCUCUCUAAGAAUGGGAGAUGCCGUUCACUUCAUGGAGAUGUGGGGCAAGAAUAGUAACAAUACAGUCCUCUUUAUUGAGCCUGAGUUUGCCUACCUGGAUGCUUUGGCCCCGUACCAACCGUUAGCAAUGAAGGCUUGCUACUGUCCUAUUGAUACAGCUCUUACCUUUCCUCAGGCAAACAAGUUGAUUAAAGAUCUCAAGCCUCUACAAGUGGUCUUACCUGAAUCUUACACCAAUCCACCAGAAUCUCAUCCGUUGAGAACAGAUCUUGUUGUAGAAGUGGAGCCUGCAGCUACACCAUACAAUCGUGAUGAUGUCAUUGGGUUACUAGUGAAGAGGAGAUAUGAGAAGGUUGAGAUUACACCUGAGGUUGCCAGCAGUCUAUCUCCAGUAGAACUUCAACCAGGUGUCUUGGUGUCUACUGUCACUGGUCAACUUAAUCUCCAUGACAACAAGUUUAUUCUAGAGGAGCUGCCUUCACCUCAAGCCAGCCUACAGCUUGGCCCUGGUCAACCUCAGAGAAAGAGAAAACGAGAAGAAGAGACCACACCCAAAGUGUUUACCUCUCAUCCUAAGAACUAUGUCUAUGGUAACAUUGACAUGGAGGAAUUUGUCCAGAGUCUUGCCUCGAAUGGCAUUGCUGAUGUUAAGGUAGAAAGCACUGGAUCAGGUCAUAUAGUUCACUUGGAAUCGGAAGAUACCAUUAUACAACUGGAAGAGGGGUCAACACACAUCUUUUGUGAGGGGAAUGAAAAGCUGAGGAAACAGCUGAGAGAUGUGCUCAUCAGUUGCUUAGGAAGAUUUUGAUAAAAGCCAAUGACUUUGACAAACUGUUUGUUGAAUGCAACAUCCUGACCGAUGGACAAUGGCCCUGGAUAGUCAAGUAUUCUUGAAGGAACACUAACUUGGAGAUCACUUGGAUUUGAAUAUUGCAAUGUGAAAGUUUUCUAUCUUGGGUUGGUGAAGAAUAAUACCAAAAGAACCAACUUCAAACUUGCCUCAUUUUGCAUGUUGAUUUGAUGGUGAUCUGAUCAGAGGUGCAAUAACUCAGUCGAAAGAGCGGGGGUUUUGUAUUCCGGUAACCCGGGUUCGAUUUCCACUUGGUGCGCUAGUGCCCUUUGGUAAGGCAUUAAUCCUCAUUACCAGGUCCCUUGGAGAGGACCUUAAGCCGUCGGUCCUCUGGUUGCUUGCUUACAGGGUUAGAAUUCAUGCUUUCUUAGCAAUUAAGUUAAAAUUCUCUACCUUUUACCAUUUGGGUCGUGAGAUCAAAGGUAAAUAAAGAGGUAAAUUUAUACCUGAAUAUAGAUCUGUCUCUCAAACACUUGUUUGAAGGAUCAGCUUCUGGCAGUGGUUGAGAAAAUAAAUUUAAUUGCAUCCAGUGAUGUAUCCAUGUAGUUCUUUUUUCUUUGAAAGUGAUUGUUAUUGAAGGAAUUUUAGAUGAAGCAAACAGCCAUCAAAAGAUUUUAUUAUAAGUAAAGAUAUGGGUUUAGAGCAAUAAUUUAUUGAUAUCAACUCUGCUAUUUCUGCUGUAUUUUAAACUGAAUUUAAAAAAAAAGACAGAUACUGUGGGUUUCAUGGAAGAAUACUGCUGUUCUAGAAAUUGCAUUGCUAGACAGGCCCAUUGCAGAACAGGUUAAAGACCUUCUAAAUUUGUAUGACAUAUGUAAUAAGUGUUAAUAAUAAUAUCUGAAUUACUGAUUAAAAAACAGUCUAAAUCUACCACCAUUGCAAGUUAGCUGAAUGAAUCAAAAUCACGUUGGGUUGCAAAAUUGUGGUUUAAAAAGCAUUGGAAAGCACUUUAAAACCACUAAACGUGAGAAUUCUAUUAAACAUAACCAAAUUGUCAAUUAUUCAGCUUGCUUUUUUUUUCACUUAUGCCCCCCCCCCACCCCCAAUACAACACAUGGAUCAACACCCCAAGAUAACAAUAUUUUUACAUAUGAAACAAAUAUGUAAAACUGGAAUCAUGAUAGGUGCUAGAGCCAAAGGUGACAUAUUAUAUCCUGAUAAUGAUAUAUCUUUGUAAUGUCAUGUGUUUGAUAAUAUUGGGUUGAAUUUCCCUUCAAAACAAUGUCAAGUUAUUGGUUUCUGUUAUUUCCAUCCCAUGGCCCAUAAAAUUAAAAUCCCAUUUGUUCGGUUCGAUUGUAAUUACUUUGGAAGUCUUGAUUCUGAUUUAUUUUAGAUGAAGCUUUCCAUUACCGGUGUGUUGGCUCAGUUGGUAGAGCGUCCGUCUCACAACCGGGAGGUCGGGAGUUCAAACCCCGGCCGCGUUAGACCAAAAGACGUUAAAAGAUGGGAGUUGCUGCUACCCUGUUUGGCAUUCAACGAUUAAAGGGAUAGAGCCUGGUCGAUCUGGCGCUGCACAGCGGCUGCCAGGCCCACGAUCAAUUGGGCGAAGCAAAUUUUCGGAGUAUUUCCUUUCAUGUCUAUUUCGAACAAUAAAAUACGGAUUUUCAACAUUUUUUUUUUUUUUCAUUUAACAUUAAUUGCAAAUUUGCCAUCAAUAAUUAUUUUUUAUGCAACUGGACUCUGGGAUACAGUGACUCAAAGAGACAGAGAAGUUGAUAAUGAUUUAACAAUUAACAUAGGUUUCUUCACAAGUAUUUCUGUAUUUGAUACAUGUUAAACCUGCUGACUCCUGUGUAUUUUGUAAUUCCCAUAAGUUUGUAUCUUGAUCACCAGGGCCAGCUGGAAAAUGGCUUGAAACAAGAUGAUAUGAUAUAUAUAUGUUCUGUAUAUAUGUGAAUAAAGACAGCUCCAAAUGA